AUGGCUCUAAUUGAGAAGACGGACAAUGAUGCAUACAACUACUACAAUGCAUAUGCAAAGAAGAUUGGGUUUGGAAUUCGCAAAGAUACUUUUGAAAAAUCAAAGAAAGCUUCAAGAGAGAUUCUUUCGAGGACUUUUGUUUGUGAUAAAGCGGGGGAAAAGAGAGCAUCGACUGAAAAUGCAAGUGGAUUGACUAUCAACCGUCGUCCGGAAACUAAAGUAGGUUGUGGUGCAAAAAUGAAGAUUAUGCUUACUUCUUCAAAAGUUUGGAAGGUUACUAAGUUCAUUUCUGAGCAUGUUCAUCCUUUAACAAGCCCUAAUAAAGUAAUGCAUCAUCAUUCUCACAAGCAGCGACAUAGAUCGAAGCAUUGCAUUAGCCUCAUUGAGUUGUUGCAUGAAGAGGGAAUGAAACCAUCUAAUAUCAAAAAGGUGCUUAAUGUUGGAUAUCAAGGACAAGAUGUUGAACAAGUCACCACACAACAGAUGAUUGAUCAUAUCAGAAAGGCAAGGCAAAGUAACAUAGGCUGUGAAUAUUUAAACAUAAUUAGACAUUUCCAAGAUAGAAAGGAAUCAGAUCCAGAUUUCUAUUUUGCUAUGGAGGUCGAUCACUUUGGUACCCUGAGAAGUGUGUUUCGGGCCGAUGGUAGAGCUAGAGCCUCUUAUUUAAGACUUGGAGAUGUAGUUGUGUUUGAUACCGCAUACAAGACUAAUCAGUUGAGUAUGCCAUUUGCUCCAUUUAUAGGAGUAAACCACCACCGUCAAUCCACCCUCUUUGGUUGUGCAUUGCUUGCAGAUGAGCGAGAGGAAACCUUCGAGUGGUUGUUUUCACAAUGGCUCAAGUGUAUGCAUGGGGUUGCACCAAAGGCUAUCAUAACUGAUCAGGAUGCACAGAUAAAAAAAGCUAUUAAGAACAUUUUGCCAAAUACUCAGCAUCACUUUUGUUCUUGGCAUAUUAGAAAGCAUAUUGUUGAGCAAAAAGUAAAGUUGAAGAGCCAAUACGGGGAUGAGAUGCCUACAUAUUUCAACAAUUGGUAUUCUUCUAGAAGUAUAAGCAAAUACGAAGAUUGUUGGGAAGUCAUAAAGGUUAAAUUCAACAUAAAUGAAGGUGAAGAUAGUUGGCUGACAAGAAUGUGUAACUUGCGUGAACAUUGGGUAGAUGCAUACUUGAAGGACUAUUUUUGGGCGGGAAUGACAACAAGCCAAAGGAGUGAGAGCAUCAAUGCCUUUUUUGAUGGCUUUGUCAAUGCAAACACUAGACUAGUUGAGUUCGUGGGUCAAUAUGACAAGGCAGUGGCAUCUCGUCGUGCAUCAGAAUCUCAUGAGGACUUCAUGACUUUGAACACCGUGCCUGCGAUGAGCUUCUCAAAUCCGAUUGAAGCGCAAGUUGGAAAUAUAUACGCCAGGGCGAUCUUGAAGAUGUUCCAAAAGGAGCUUGGUGAUGUGAUGUCAUUACAUCGUGAAGAAGUGUCAAAGGAGGAGUUGAAAAUUUUGCAACAAAAUGAUGAUAGCAUGGAGCGGGGAAGUAUUAUAAGAUUAUGGGCUUUAAGAGGAAAUUUUAAUGAAGCACUUGAUAUGGUAGCGGGCUCGAAUGAUCUUCUUUCUAAGUUGGAGCAACAAAUAUCAAACUUCCUUGCAGAAGCAAGGGAGGAAGCAAGGCUCAAUAUGUCACAAACUCUAGAUUCUCAAGUUGAGAGUCACAUAGAUUCAAAUACUCAUGUGCUUAUAUUGAAAGAUGGUGAGGAAAUUAUGGUUCGUGAUCCUCUCGGCCCUGUGAAACCAAAGGGACGUCCAAAAAAUUCAACUAGGACUAAAAGUGGCUUGGAAGAAUCGAAAAGGCAAAAAGAGGUGAGACAGCGAAAAUGUGGUCAUUGUCAACAAUUGGGCCACUAUAGAACGGGUUGUCAAUUGUUGAAAAAGCAAAAGAGAUAG